AUUUAGCCUCUUCUGUUCUUUUUUUCACAGGGCCUCGACCAUACGAACGAUAGCUCCCCACUUCGAUUUUUUUGCGAAGGAAUUUCUAAGCCGGACGUCCCGUUACAAAUUCUCAUCGUCGACUGCUUUACUAAAGGGCACUUGGAGGAAUCAAUCAGUUAGCACGUAUCAUACCAACAAGGAAGUAUCAUACGCAACCAUGACUGUCCCUAUCGAGCACUCGACCGAUACCCCUGCUCGCGGCUUCGGAACCCUUGCCGUACACGCUGGGGCACCCCAUGAUCCUACCACAGGUGCCGUUAUCGAGCCCAUUUCCCUUUCGACCACAUUCGAACAAACCGCAGCUGGAAAGCCCGUCGGCGUGUAUGAAUAUUCGCGUAGCUCGAACCCCAAUCGCGACAACUUUGAGAAGGCCGUCGCGGCUCUAGAAAAGGCGAAAUAUGCGUUGGCAUUUGGCAGUGGAAGUGCCGCCACGGCUACGAUCCUCCAAAGUCUAGCUCAGGGCUCCCAUGUCAUCAGCGUCAGCGAUGUGUACGGCGGUACCCACCGAUACUUUACCCGCGUCGCUAAGGCCCACGGUGUUACUGUGACCUUCACCCCGCAGAUCGAGGUCGAUAUUGCUGAACAUAUUCGGGAUAACACAAAAUUGGUAUGGAUUGAGUCACCUAGCAAUCCCACGCUACGACUCGUCGAUAUUCGGGCAGUGGCCGAGGCGGCUCAUGCGCGUGGUGUUGCAGUUGUUGUUGACAACACGUUUCUGAGCCCCUACCUGCAAAAUCCUCUUGAACAUGGCGCCGAUAUUGUUGUCCACAGUGUCACCAAGUACAUCAAUGGACACAGCGACGUUGUAAUGGGUUUGGCAGCUUUCAACACAGAGGAACUGCGCGAACGUUUGUCAUUCCUCCAAAAUGCUUGUGGCGCUGUACCCUCGGCUUUUGACUCUUGGCUUGCUCAUCGAGGUGUCAAGACGCUGCAUUUGCGAGCGAAGCAAUCAAGCAUUAACGCUACUGCUGUGGCACAUGCCUUAGAGGCUAGCCCACAUGUCAUCUCGGUGAACUACCCUGGUCUAGACUCUCAUCCUCACCGAAAAAUCGCACUGCGACAACAUCGGGAUGGCAUGGGUGGAGGUAUGCUCUCGUUCCGAAUUCAAGGAGGUCGAGCAGCCGCCGAACGUUUCUGCCAGCUGACCAAGAUUUACACUUUGGCGGAAUCGCUAGGCGGCAUUGAGAGUUUGGUCGAGUUGCCGAGUGUCAUGACACACGCUGGUAUCCCACGGGAUCAGCGUGAGGCUGUGGGUGUGUUCGACGACCUAGUACGUGUCAGCUGUGGUAUCGAGGAACCCGAGGAUUUAGUUCAUGAUAUUCAACAGGCGUUAGAUAAGGCUGUGAAGGAGACCGCGGCUGCGGCUACGAAUACGAGCAAUGGCGUUAACGGCGUCAAUGGACACGGUCUAUGAUAGACUAGACGGGGGCUAGGGUGUAACAGCGGAACAGAACGGGAGUACAGACGUCUGAGCGGUCGGACAUAGUAUUGCCAUGCGAAACGUUGCAUUUUGAGUUUGAUUAUUAUUGAGGCGUUGUAACUGGGUACAUGUCCUACGGCCCAAUAGAGGAUUCGGAUACAUGCAAAACUAUAGAUAGACAAUUGAAUUUUUCAUGACAUGGGUGGUAGUUUUGUGUAUUUGGCCUAGUAUUAACACUGAAUUCGUAUAUGGUGACACAUGGCGAAAACCGAUCGACAUUCAUCCUUGGUAACCUUCACGUCGCGAUGUCUUGCUACAUAUUGAAUGUGUU